AUGCUUGUCACAGCGUCCCACAUCUUGACGAUUCUGCUAGCCACGUCGACGGUGUGGAAGGUCGAGGCGCUGUGCGGUUUUGGCAAGGUGGUCUAUCCCGACCGCUACCUGCACUUCCCAACCACCAAAGUCGCAGUGCCCCCUCACACCGACAUCGGGACGCGGUGGGUGACACCGGAAGGUCACUUUGACUGCACCGUCUUCGGCGUGGAUAGCUUGCGACCGUACGUACUGGAGGUCAGUUGCUGCCUCAUCAAGUCCACCGAUCUUGAACCCUGGGGCGAGAUUAAGAAGGGGCGUCUACUCAGCGGUAUUCACGAAAUCUUUAUGGAGGCUGGUUUAACUUGA